AUGGACUUCCUCCGCCAGCGCCUCCCCGCCCCCAGGCAGGACCAGCAAGCCCGCCGCGCCCGCAAGCAGGGCGGCCCGGCCGCCGCCGGCGAGACCUACCAGCCCUCCCGCAUCGCCCAGCUCGCCCAGGAGUCGCCGGCGUGGUACUCCUCCGCGGCCCGCCGGCGGCUGUACUUCCUCCUCUUCCCGGCGGCCGUCGUCUCGUACGCGACGAGCGGCUACGACGGAUCGAUGAUGAACUCGCUGCAGACGGUGUCGUACUUUGACGACUUCUUCGACAACCCGCGCGGCGCCGUGCUGGGGCUCAUGAGCGCCGUCAUGUCGCUCGGCAGCAUCUGCUCGACGCCCAUCGCGCCGUGGGUCGCGGACCGGUUCGGGAGAAGAUGGGGCAUCACCGUCGGCAGCUGCAUCAUGAUCGUCGGUGCUAUUCUGCAGUGUGAGAGUACUGCGUUUGCCAUGUUUGUUGUUAGCAGGUUUAUUCUCGGGUUCGGGCUGUCGUUUGCGACUACCUCGGCACCGAGUCUAUACAUCGGAAGCAUCUGCGCCGCGUGGAUUACCUUCGGCACCCGCACGAUCCCGAGCACAUGGUCCUGGAGAAUCCCGUCCCUGCUGCAGAUGGCGCCCAGCGUCGUCCAGCUCGCUGCCGUCUGGUUCCUCCCAGAGUCCCCGCGCUGGCUCAUCUCCAAGGACCGCGACGAAGAGGCGCUCAAGGCGUUGAAGCGAUACCACGGCGAGGGUGAGGAGACGGAGCUUGUCAGGCUGGAGUACGAGGAGAUUAGGAACGCCAUCGACAACGAGAAGAGACUCGGCGCAACCACCUGGAAGUCCAUGGUCCAGACCAAGGGCAACCGCUACCGCAUGUUCCUCGUCAUUUGUAAGCACCAUCCAGUCCCAGACAACUUGAUAUUUUCGCUGACCAUCCAAGGCAUGGGUUUCAUGUCCCAGUGGUCCGGCAACGGCCUGAUCGCCUACUACCUCUCCCGCAUCAUGGACACGGUCGGCAUCACGGACAAGACCACGCAGGCGCUCUUCAACGGCCUCCUCAACAUCUGGAACUUCGGCCUCGCCCUCACGACGGCCUUCUUCGUCGAGCGCGUCGGCCGCCGCCCGCUCUUCCGCAUCUCCACGAUCGGCAUGCUCACCGUCUUCAUCGGGUGGACCAUCGCGUCGGCGCGCUUCGCCGAGACCAGCGCCUCGUCGGCGGGCAUCGCCGUCCUGGCGCUCAUCUUCCUGUACCAGGUCUUCUACUGCAUCGCCUUCUCGCCGCUGCCCGUGGCCUACUCGGUCGAGAUCCUGCCGUUCAGCAUCCGCGCCAAGGGCAUGGCGACGUACGUCUUCGCGACAAAGGCUGCCGUCUUCGUGAACCAGUACGUCAACCCGAUCGGCAUCCAGAACAUCGGCUGGCGGUUCUACAUCGUGUACGUCGCCAUCCUGGCCGUCGAGAGCUUCGUGGCGUACGGCUGGUUCCUCGAGACCAAGGGCAAGGCGCUCGAGGAGAUUGCCGUCAUCUUUGACGGCGAGGAUGCGAAUGUCCGGAUGAACGAGUCUGGGAAGGGGGAGGGUCCGGACGAUGUCGAGGAGACGGAGCAUGCCACCAGCAAGGUUUGA